AUGGACAACAUCGAGCCAUUAGAUGAGGCAAUUUACCUUAUAGAGAUAAAUGAAGUUGUUAAGCAGUACUUGGGCAAGGACAAAGCCAACAUGUCCCUCGGCUUCUGGUUGUCUGGAAGAGGUGCGCUGAAAAUCGAAAUUGAAACCGGAAUUGUCCUACAAAUACCAGAAAACACUCCUGUAGACGACAUAAAGGAGAUGAAGAAAGAAGCUCUUCUCAAGUUCUUUGCAAAGCGCCCAUGGAUACAACUUCCAAACAGAGAGAGUCCAAUUCCACGAAUUAUACAAAUUCUCAGAGCACUGUUCCACUUCUCAGGACGGCCGUUCUUCAUAACCUCAGAAGGCGACAUCCAACCAAUUCAGUAA